ACGAGUCAAUCGUUAAAACUUGUGGCUAACAGAACAAAGGAAUCAACCACAAACAUCUUCUCUUUUCAAGUACUCACCUUUCUUUGCUCUCCUCCUCUUGCCUGAACCACAAACCAUAACCAUGGCUUCUUUGUUAUCAAAUUCUAUCCCUCACUUUUCUCCAAAACCCAUUAAAGAUUCACCAAAAUUGAACAAACCCUUUUCCUUUCAGAUAAAACCCAUCUUUUUUAAGCCUUCAAAACUGAAUCUUUUCAAGAUCCGUGCUGAUGUUGGGUUUGAAUCCAAGACAGUCAAGACCGUUCCAGGUAACUCAGCAGCAACCGGUACUUCUUCUACUAGCUCUGAUGAUAAGAUUAGAGAGAUUUUAAGGAAUCGUGAUUACAACGAGAAGUUUGGAUUCAAUAUGGAUAUUGAUUCCUUCACAAUUCCUAAAGGUCUUUCGAAAGAAACAAUAAGGCUAAUUUCUUCACUUAAAGAAGAACCUGAUUGGAUGCUUGAUUUUAGGUUGAAAGCUUUUGAGAGAUUCUUGAAAUUGAAAGAACCUAAAUGGUCUGAUAAUGAAUACCCUAUUAUUGAUUUUCAAGAUAUUUGUUAUUAUUCUGCUCCUAAGAAGAAACCUACUGUGAAUAGUUUAGAGGAAGCUGACCCGGAACUUAUCAAAUAUUUUGAUAGAUUGGGGAUUCCUUUAACUGAAAGGAAUAGAUUGGCGAAUGUUGCUGUUGAUGCUGUUCUUGAUAGUGUUUCUAUAGCUACUACUCAUAGGAAGACUCUAGAGAAGGCUGGUGUUAUAUUUUGUUCGAUUUCAGAGGCAAUACAGAAGUAUCCUGAUUUGGUUAGGAAGUAUUUGGGUAGAGUUGUGCCUAGUGAGGAUAAUUAUUAUGCUGCUUUGAAUUCUGCUGUGUUUAGUGAUGGAUCAUUCUGCUAUGUACCGAAAGAUACCAAGUGUCCCAUGCAGAUAUCGACUUAUUUUAGGAUUAACGCGAUGGAGACUGGACAGUUUGAGAGAACUUUGAUUGUUGCUGAUGAUAGGAGUUUUGUGGAGUAUUUGGAGGGGUGUACUGCACCUUCUUAUGAUAAGAAUCAGCUUCAUGCUGCUGUUGUUGAGCUGUAUUGUGCUGAGGGUGCGGAGAUUAAAUACUCCACGGUGCAGAAUUGGUAUGCUGGUGAUGAGCAAGGAAAAGGGGGGAUUUAUAAUUUUGUUACAAAGAGAGGACUUUGUGCUGGGGAUAGAUCUAAGAUAUCUUGGACUCAAGUGGAGACAGGGUCUGCCAUUACCUGGAAGUACCCGAGUGUUGUUUUGGAGGGGGAUGAUACUGUGGGAGAGUUCUAUUCUGUUGCGUUGACAAAUAAUUAUCAGCAGGCAGAUACAGGAACGAAGAUGAUCCAUAAGGGUAAAAAUACUAGAAGUCGAAUUAUUUCAAAGGGUAUUUCAGUUGGACAUUCUAGAAACUGUUAUAGAGGGCUGGUUCAGGUUCAAUCCAAGGCAGACAAUGCUCGGAACUCCUCACAAUGUGACUCAAUGCUUAUUGGUGACACUGCAGCUGCCAAUACCUAUCCUUAUAUCCAGAUAAGCCUUAAGCACAGUGGGAUGGGCUGGGCUGCUUGAAAAAUCUGCCAUUGGGGCUGAGUUCACCAUAGACUGAAGGGGAUGAUCCUGGGGCUGGUCUCAUAUCCAUGGUGGAGCAGCCAGCUUCAUGACUUUAUCAUUAGAGAAAGGGGCAGCCUAGUGCUUUGUUAAUAUACUGUUGUUGCUCCUGUCAUUUUAUAUAAUACAUCUCAAAGCCAUGGCAACUGAGAUGGAAGCCCGCUGCCCAUUUUGUUAAUAGUCCAUCCACAAGGCUGUGAAAUUGGAAACAUUCCUUUGGGAAAUUGAGCAGGACAGCCCAUUUGUUCCCAAAUAUUCUACAUGUAAAUGUUGGAGGUUUCCAUUCUCCUGCAUGUGUGGAGCUCCUUCUAAAAUCUGUUACCUUAGCUUUGAUUCUUAAUAAUAGUAAAAAGGAAUAAGAGCUCUCUUGAUUUUAGAUUGGCUUCACUUGCUUGAGACGGUUGCAGUUAUAUUCUAACAGGAAUCAGCAUACUUUCAAACAUGUUAUAUGUUUUUUUUUCUUGAACAGUACUGUUACAUCUUCCACGCAGUUUCCCCCCCUCGACAUGCUAUUUCUAGAAACUGUUACUUUUCAUGCCAUUCUAUAUUGCUACUUAAAAAUAGCUUGAUCUCUAUUUUUUAACAGGUGAAGAAUCCCACUGCACGUGUUGAACAUGAAGCCAGCACCUCCAAGAUUGGUGAAGAUCAGCUGUUUUACUUUCAGCAAA